GGUGCAAAAUAUUCAAGCUGAUGUUGCGUGUCAAACCUGGGCAUGUAUAGUUACUGGCGUUUUUCAUUUUGUUCUACUGGGUAUCGCAAUAGAUAAGACCGUAAGGAUAAGUUUUGUGAAAAGUUAAGAGGCCAAUGGGCAUGAUCUAAACUCUGGAAUGAGUGUGGUCGGUGCAUACAUAAGGAAACGAGGAUUACUAGAAGUUGGUUUCUCUCCAAUGAUCAACACUCCCACUCUGCUUCAUGACCAUAAUGAGGGGGCGGGAAAAAAAGCUAAUGGAAAGCUAGGUAAUUUUGAGAACCUCCCAGCCUCAACUGAUGCUCGUUAUUUUAGGAAACGAGGAUUACUAGCAGUUAGCUUCUCUCCAAUGAUCAACACCACUCUGCUUCAUGACCAUAAUGAGGUACUUUUCGAGGGAGCUUAAGAACGUGGAGAAGAAUAAUGGAAAGGUCGUAUGUGGUGUACAACUGGUGCACCUUGUCUUGUCUUUGGAUUUUCUGGAUUUCUGUAGAUGUAUACAUUUCUGGAUUUUUGUUGAUGUGUACAUGUUUGUACACCAAUGUAAAAUAAAAUUUAUAAAAAAUGAAAAUUAUAUGGUCAUAUGAGUACUCUUUUU